GAAAUUUGAAUGAAGAUGUGUGGUGGGUGGCACACGAACAGAAGCGAGACAAGGCUUAUCUGAAUUGGGAAAAGAGCGGGGAAAGAAAUGGAGUCAGUGGAGGGAGUAAGAGAGCAUGAACACGAAGAGGAUGAAGAGCGACAGUGGCGCCUCUACGAAGCCUACAAUGAGCUUCACGCACUCGCUCAGGACUUGCAAACGCCGUUCGACGCACCCGCAGUGUUGGUGGUGGGCCACCAAACGGACGGCAAGAGCGCCCUCAUGGAGGCCCUAAUGGGCUUUCAGUUCAACCACGUGGGCGGGGGCACCAAGACUCGGCGGCCCAUAACCCUCCACAUGAAAUACGACCCACAAUGCGAGUCCCCUAACUGUUAUCUCGUCUCCGACUCCGACCCUUCUUUCUCCCACCAGAAGUCCCUUCCCCAAAUACAGGCUUACAUUGAAGCCGAGAACGCGAGGUUGGAGCAGGACUCGAGUCAGUUCUCCGCAAAGGAAAUCAUAAUAAAAGUGGAAUACAAGUACUGCCCCAACCUCACCAUCAUCGACACUCCCGGACUCAUCGCUCCUGCUCCCGGUCGCAAGAACCGCGCGUUGCAGGCUCAGGCGCGUGCCGUCGAGUCUCUCGUGCGGGCCAAAAUGCAGCACAAGGAGUUCAUCAUACUCUGCCUCGAGGAUUGCAGUGACUGGAGCAACGCCACCACCCGCCGCGUCGUCAUGCAGAUCGAUCCCGAAUUGUCGAGGACUGUCAUCGUGUCAACUAAACUAGACACCAGGAUACCGCAAUUCGCUUGUCCUUCGGAUGUUGAAGUAUUCCUCUCGCCGCCUCCGUGUACGCUUGAUGGCUGCAUUCUUGGCGACUCUCCCUUCUUCACGUCCGUGCCUUCUGGAAGAGUUGGUUGUGGAACUGGUUAUCUUUACAAGUCCAAUGAUGACUUCAAACAGGCGGUGUGCUUCAGAGAGAUUGAAGAUGUUGCAUCUUUGGAGGAGAAGUUGGGCAGGUCACUGUCGAAGCAAGAAAGGAGUAGAAUAGGUGUGAGCAAACUUAGGUUGUUUCUGGAAGAAAUGCUACAAAAGAGGUAUAUAAGUAACGUACCACUGAUCAUUCCACUUCUUGAGAAGGAGCAUCGGAGUGUGACAAGGAAGCUGAGUGAUAUAAAUCAAGAAUUGAGCACAUUGGAUGAAGCCAAACUGAAGGAGAAAGGAAGAACCUUCCACGAUAUGUUCUUGACCAAGUUGUCAUUGUUGCUUAAAGGAACAGUUGUUGCGCCUCCUGAUAAGUUUGGUGAAACACUACAAGAUGAGAGAAUAAAUGGUGGUGCAUUUGUAGGUGCUGAUGGUGUUCAGUUCCCUCACAAGCUAAUACCUAAUGCAGGGAUGCGUCUUUAUGGUGGAGCACAAUAUCAUCGAGCAAUGGCUGAAUUUCGUUUUGUGGUUGGAGGAAUCAAGUGUCCCCCAAUUACUCGUGAAGAAAUUGUAAAUGCUUGCGGAGUUGAAGACAUUCAUGAUGGAACAAACUACUCUAGGACUGCUUGUGUAAUUGCUGUUGCAAGGGCUCGUGACACAUUUGAACCUUUUCUACAUCAGUUGGGGUCCAGACUGUUGCAUAUACUUAAAAGACUGCUUCCAAUCUCUGUUUAUCUUCUUCAGAAAGAUAGUGAUUAUCUAAGUGGCCAUGAGGUGUUCCUUAGGCGUGUUGCCUCUGCCUUCAACAACUUCGCAGAAUCUACUGAAAAAUCAUGCCGUGAAAAAUGUAUGGAGGACUUGGUAAGCACCACUCGGUAUGUCUCAUGGUCUCUUCACAAUAAGAGUCGGGCUGGGUUACGUCAGUUCUUAGAUUCAUUUGGUGGAACAGAACAUUCCAAUUCUUGUAAUAAUCCUACAGCAAGUGUUCUAUCACAAACAAGUGCAAAUGAGAAAGAAGACACAAAGGCACAACCGGAUGUAAAACUCAGUCAUGUGGCCUCUGGCACUGAUUCUAGCACAUCCAUUCAGACAACGGAGACAAAGCUUGCUGACCUUCUGGAUAGUACACUCUGGAAUAGGAGGCUUGCACCUUCAUCUGAAAGGAUUGUUUAUGGCUUGGUACAACAGAUAUUUCAUGGCAUUAGAGAAUAUUUCUUGGUUUCCACGGAAUUAAAGUUCAACUGUUUCCUUUUGAUGCCCAUUGUGGACAAGUUGCCUGCACUUCUUCGGGAAGACUUAGAAUCUGCUUUUGAAGAUGACCUGGAUAAUGUUUUUGACAUAACCAAUCUGCAGCACUCAUUGGGGCAGCAAAAGAGAGAUACAGAAAUUGAACUGAAAAGGAUCAAGAGGCUCAAAGAGAAAUUCAGGAUGAUACAUGAGCAGCUAAUUCUACCUCAAACCAUGUGAAUAUUUUCACAUGCAAUAGGCAUGUGAUUUAAAGAUUUAUGAUUUUAAUUUUCCUAUUUUAGUUCUUAUCUAAUGGAUUAUCGCAGAAGAAGGAUGAAUAGAUGUUCAUUAUGAGGAUUCUUUGCUGCUGUCAACUAAAAAUCUGCUUUUUUCCUGAAGUAGUCUCUAGUCUGUUCCUGUGCAGAAUUAGAAUAUAUUAUUGUGUGUUUGAACAUUCUUUUUUCAUUCUUGCAAGUUCCAGAUUCAAAUGUUUGUUUGUUAAAAGUUUCAAGAAUAGUUUUAACAAUGUAUCUUUAAGUUAAAUUAAGCAACACUGGAUCAACAUAUAUGCUGUUGAAUGAAUAAUCAUGUCAUGUAUGCUGUUGAUUCUGAAUUUCCUAAACUAGGUU